UCACCCAUAAUUCCUCACCUCCAAACUCUCCGUCUCUCUGUAACACACACACACACACAUUCUCCCGCUCCUCUGAGAUCAAACACACCGACAUUGUCAGGAAUGACGUCGAACGUCUCGCUCGCCGCCGUAGCAGCGGUGCUCCUAGCUCUAACCGCGGCAGCGAGCGCUUGCACACCGGCUGACCGGGAAGCCCUGCUCUCCUUCAAAUCCGCCCUAGACGAGCGCUAUUUAGGCAUUUUCAAGUCGUGGUCGGGCAACGACUGCUGCACCAACUGGUACGGCGUCAGCUGCGACCCCGAAUCCAACCGCGUCGCCGACAUCGUCCUCCGCGGCGAAUCCGAGGAUCCUAUCUUCGAGAAGGCCGGCCGCUCCGGCUACAUGUCCGGCUCCAUCUCCCCCUCCCUCUGCCGCCUCGACCGCCUCACCACCCUCAUCCUCGCCGACUGGAAGGACAUCUCCGGCCCCAUCCCCCCCUGCAUCACCUCCCUCCCCAAUUUGCGCAUCCUCGACCUAAUCGGCAACAAAAUCACCGGCCAAAUCCCUACCGACAUCGGAAAACUCCGUCGCCUCACCGUCCUCAACGUCGCCGACAAUCAAAUCUCCGGUGCUCUCCCCUCCUCAAUUGUCGAUCUAAACAGCUUAAUGCACUUGGAUCUCAGCAACAACAAGCUCUCCGGCGAUAUCCCCUCCGACAUCGGAAAAUUAUCGAUGAUGAGCCGCGCUCUCCUCAGCCGAAACCACCUUACCGGUUCGAUCCCGGCCUCCCUGGCCGGUAUUUACAGACUCGCCGAUUUAGAUUUGUCAAUGAACCAGAUCUCCGGUUCGAUCCCGGCUCAGCUCGGUUCAAUGCCGGUUCUCUCCACUUUAAACCUGGAUGGGAAUCUAUUAACCGGACCGAUCCCGGCCGGUUUACUUUCCAACUCGGGUUUAAACAUUGUGAAUUUGAGCCGGAACGGUUUGGAGGGAAACCUACCCGAUGUGUUCGGCCCGAAAACUUAUUUUACCGCCAUUGAUUUGUCUUACAAUAAUUUGAGAGGCACAAUUCCGAAAUCGUUGUCGUCGGCGAAGUACAUCGGCCACUUGGAUCUGAGCCACAACCACCUCUGCGGCCCGAUCCCGAACGGCUCGCCGUUUGAUCAUCUAGAAGCUUCCUCCUUCGCCAACAACGAUUGUUUGUGUGGAAUGCCGUUGCGCACUUGUUAAUUAAAUUCGAAUACUAACUACAUAUAUAUGAGUAAUUAAAUGCACUUGAUUUAGUGCAUUGGUUGAUGUUGAAUUAUGUACUAUUGCACUUAAUUUUGUGUAUUGUUGUAAUGUGUUCAAGAAAAAGGCCACACCACGUUAAAUUGUGUGUGCGUGACAGCUUUAUGAAAAGAAUUCAUUAUAUUAAAGUCA